ACCAUUCAAAACGAAUACAAUCUGAACAGCAUAAUAGAAUAUUUCACCAUAUCAAAGAAAAAGAAAUAACAAUUUGCAAAACUGCAGCAUCCCACAAAUUGAAAUAAAUGUAACAAAGAAGGAUGCUAUUAAACAUGUGUUGGUGUUAAAACAAUUCUAAUUAAAUUAUUAAAUGACAUCGUACUCUACCUUAACCACAAUGUAUUUAAAAUGCAUUGGUUUGUUAUGAAAAAGAUUGUUAUUAAACAUAUGCAUUUAAAGUAUAACUUUUCAAUGUAUAUAAACAAAGUGCAUAUAAAUAUAACAAUUCAAAACGAAUACAAUCUGAACGACAUAAUAAUAGAAUAUUGCACCAUAUCACAGAAAAAUAAAUAACAAUGUGCAAAACUGCAGCAUCCCACUUAAAACAUUAAACUGGUCCCUCUUUCCUCUCUCUUCUUUAUUGCCAUGUUAUAACCAGCAGCACACAGCAAUGCUCACCAUAUUUUGCUUUUAUGAGAUUUGCAUUCAGAAAUGCUAGCUGCCUUACUUUCGAGGGGCUGAUGCGGUUUCUUCUCUCAGUAAUUAUUUGUCCCGUUUUCGAGAAGACCCUCUCAGAGGGAACGGAUGUGGCCACUAUGCAGAGUCUCCCUGUCAUGACUUUAGUAAGCUGUGGGUAGACCGAGGCCUUGUUCUUCCACCAGCUCAGAGGAUCUGGAGAUCUUUGGAGGUGGGGCUCCUCCAAAUAGGAUCGGACCUUCAUUAUGUCAUCUGCUGAGGGAUUCCUUCGUUCUGCAUCCCCAGUUGCUCUCUCGUCAAACAGCAUCCAAACAGAAGAGUUUUGUGGCACUCCUGCUGGUGCUUCUGCUCCAUCUGAUCCCUCUUCUUUCUGUUGCCCUGGUACCUGAGCCAGCUGACUGUUGGGGCUGUCCCUUCCCUGCUGCUGAGGUUAUUCUUUGAAUAGCCUCAUCAAUCGCUCUGGCAUCACUGAAGGCUAACUUCUUAAACCUGGGGUCAAGUGCAGCGGUUUCACAUGGCGUAUGGUUACAUUUGCUUCUCUCUGGCGGCUGGCUGUGUUUCGCUGCAGACCCUUACACAUGAGUAUCAUUUUUGAGGCUGUCACAUAGCUGAAAAGAGAGAACAGUAACUUAUUAGUUCAGGUUCAUGUUUUGUCUACUGAUACUACAUUCUCAUUUACUGCUCAUAUACAUAUAUAACACUGGAUUAAAUAAUGAUGUAGUAAUAACUGCUUACUGUACCUCUCUCCACUGAUCUCCACAGUGACCUGCUCAAAUGGUUCCAGAACUCUGCACACCUCCUCCACCACCUCCCAUUCCUCUUGGGUCAGAGCAUCAACAGGUGCAUUGACAAUAGCCAGGGUAGAGAUGAUGGCAUCCUUUGACUCAAGAAACCGCUUCAACAUAUAAUGUUGAAUUCCACCUUGUAGUUCAGUCUUGUUUAGGCCUCAGCUCAGGCAUCCCUAUCUGGCGUUGUGUAGACUUUAGUUGUUCAGCACUUGCUGUGCUCCUGUGGAAGUAUUUCACUUUGUCCACAGUGAGCUUCAUCACCUUCAGAGUAUUUCUUACAAUCAGGUUGAUUGUGUGGGCAAGACAUGGAUGAUGGGUCCAUCUAAACAUUUUCAUGGCUUUGGUUAUGUUAGCUGCAUUGUUGCUAACACAACAGACCACUUUCCAUCUACUGCCAUUCUCUGGCCACUCUCAACAGUUCCUCUGCCAAGUUCUCUGAGGUGUGUCUGUCGCUGAACUCAAAGCAGUCCAGAAGACAGCUAGACAUAGAAAAAUCUUCAAUGAAGUGUCAUGUAACUGACAUGUAAGAAGUGGUUACCCUUGAUGUCUUGCAGUCAGUAGUAAGGCAAACUGCAGUAGCUUUUUGGACUCUUUCCCGCACUGAAGCCUGUGUGCCUUCGUACAGUUGUGGAAUAAGUGAUUUUGAAAGGGUUUUCUUGCUUGGAAUUGUGUAUAUUGGAUUUAGACUAUUGCUAUAGUUUUUAAAACCUCUGUCCUCCACGAUCGAAAAUGGCUGGAAAUUGGUGGCAAUAAUUUUAGCAAAUGCAAUAUCAAUUUGGCCUUGUUUUGCUACAGACAUAGACUUUGGCAUAAACUGGUCAAUAGAAGACUGCGUUGCUGUGGGUCGCGGAGUAGGCCUACUUGACUAAGUGGAUACAUCUCCACGUGUGGAGGUGCUGGCUCCACCACUAUCACUAGCAGGCCCGCUAGAUUCUCGAAGCUCCGCUACAGCUAGCUUCACAGUUGGGUGCACAUUUCACAUAUGCCGGUGUAAGUUGUGCGUAGAACCGGCUUUGUAUGAGAUUUUGUUUUGGCAAAUUCUACACUGUGCUCUAACAUUGUCUACAUUAUUAAAAUGCAUCCAAAUGCUACUGUGCUUCCGACUCAUUUUCCAGCUGUUGUUUUCACAGCUGUGCUUCUUCUCUCUCCUCGGCUGCUAAGUGUGUGACUGUGUGUUGGCUCGGCCCUCCCUCACGCAUCUUUGGUUUAUUGGUUGACACUGCGUGUUGGAUUGACAGGAACAACAGAUUCGGCUCUUCUGAUAUGCGAGCCAGCUCCCAACGUUCACCUACAAGAGCCGGUUCUUAGAGCCGAUGGCAGGGUUUACAGACAAUCAUGGACUACAAAGAGAAAACCAGCCACGUCAUGGACAACGAUGUCUUGCUUCAGGACAAGCUAAACACCUUCUUCGCCCGCUUUGAGGAUAACACAGUGCCACCGACACGGCCCGCUACCAAGAACUGUGGACUCUCCUUCUCCAUGGCCGAAUAAAAUGCCACUGUGUGAAAGGAACGUGUGCUAUAUACAAUGGAUUGUCUACAUCCCCACGUUCGUGGUGGGUUUACCCCUCAACCUGGCCACCCUGUGGCUCCUCCUCUUCAGGAUCCGUCGAUGGACUGAGUCCACAGUAUACCUCAGCAGUCUGAUCAUCAACGACAGCCUUCUCAUCUUUUCUCUGCCCUUCAAGAUAUACGCCUUCGGCCGCACCUGGGGCCUGAGCAUGGGCUUCUGCACCUUCCUGGAGAGCCUGGUGUUCGUCAACAUCUAUGGGAGCAUCGUACUGAUCGUGUGCAUCUCAGGCGACCGAUAUGUUUCUCUGCGGUUUCCAUUCAACGGCAAGCGUCUACGGUCGCCACGGAAGGCUGCCCUGGUAUGCCUGGCUGUGUGGGUGACGGUAUUUGCUUUCACCACACCCGUCUAUGAGCUCCACAACAAAAACACUACUAGCCUGCACAACAACGAAACCAGGUGUUUCGAAGGAUUCUCCAGGGAAACCUGGGGGAAGAAAUGGAUCAUUGUUGCCAUGGAGACGGUGUUCACAAUCAGCACUGUCACUAUGUUGUUCUUCUCGGUGCGCGUGAUGCAGAUCCUGAGAGAUAUGCGGCGUCGGAACCCGCUGGACAAGAAGGUGAGGGACAACAAGUCUGUGAAGAUCGUCCUGAGCAACCUGGUGGCCUUCAUGCUGUGCUUCAUCCCGUACCACGUGGCCGCAGUCGUCUACUUCCUGGCCAAGAACCGCACAGAGAACCCAGACGUCAUCGACCCCCUCAGAGACUUCGUCCACAUCAGCACCUGUCUGGGCAGUGUCAACUGUCUGACGGACGGGGUCUGCUACUACUUCAUCCUGAAGGAGAACCUGUUGACUGCCAGCCAGGAGAGGAGGAGGAUGUCCACUAGAGGGAACUACGUGGCAAAGCCCGGGGAAAUCAACCAGCAUCCGAUGGACAACAUCAUGGUCAAGGGACCCGGAGAGACAGGAUCAGACAACCAGGUCACUGGAGAUCGAUAGGACUUGCUAGAUAGAUGUGGUUUAUCGGAGUGGAGUGGAGAGCAGGGUGGAGGCGAUUUUCCUGUAGAUGGAUAUUUAUCACCUCUAUCUGGGAAACGGAAACUCAGAUCACCACAACAGAGAGGAGACAAGUCUCAUGAAAGACUCUCGAAGAAUGAAUGACUGAUGUGAGGUUCUAAUUCUCAGAGUAUAAAACUCAAAGGACAUUUAUGAAAGCUUAACAAAGUUUAUUCUGCCCAGAGGGUCAAUACAGCUGCAUUCAGAUAAAAACAUUUUCACACAAGCACUGAUAUUUAACUGUUCCUCAUAGGCUGAGUCUCCUCCUAUCCAUCUGUACAAACAUCAUUCUUUACUGCUAGGCAGGACACUAGUGAUACGGACCAUAAACUUUUAUUUCUCCCUUAAGGUGACCUGACCUGACCUCAACCUCCCUCCAUCACUAAUCCACAGCUCUCUCCCCUUAUCAAUGCCUGCCACAUGUAAUCGCUUCUGAUGGGUGUCACCUUGGGGUCAUGAUAGUGGCUGCACCAAAUGAUUGAUGCAUUAUAAUAAUUGAUUAUGCAUAUGUUGUAUGAAUAGAAGGGGAAGGGCUAUAAGAUCCUCCCCCACUACAUUUAUACGGUACUGGACCACAGAUUAGCAAUAUAUUCAUUAUAAGGUUUAAUACUCUUCCACAGUUAUUUUCUAGUCUCUGCCUCUUAUAAGAAACGGUCUGAGCAGAUAUGUGAGCCAUUGCAGUGAAAACAGGGUGUCUGUGAGAAAGCGCCUCAAGGCUAAAAGAGAUACAUAGACACAGACCCCUGCAGGGGAGUAAAUAGAUAGGAGACAAGUUAAACAUACCACUGUAAGCCACACAGGAAUGGAAAAUUACUGCUGGGCUAUUGUUUUCUCCUGCAAGUUUAUAUAACUGUAUAUGCAUGGGCUUGGUCUCAUGAGUAGAAGGUGUUGAAGUAGGCAGUUACAUUACUAGGGGUUGACUGCAAGCAUAUUAAAGCAACUUUGACCUUUUUUAUUUUGCAGAACUUACUCUGAAACAUGCGUGCUGUGUUUCCGUUGUCAACUUCUGUCUGCAAUUGCAUUAAUAAAGGUUUGAUUGAUUUACUUAAAGAAGA